AUGACAGCAAAAGUUGACCGCGCACAGAUCAAAGCAAACCUUAUCAGCAACAUCUACGUCAUCAACUCAUUCCUCGAUCUUGUUCGCAACGGCAAAGAGAAGAAGAUCAUAUUCAUUUCCAGUCCGAGCGGAGACCUCGAGUUCACUCGUGUCACUGGCAUUGCUAAUGUGGUUGGAUAUUCUGCCAGCAAGGCUGGCAUGAACGUUGUUAUGGCCAAGUUUGCCUCUGAAUUAGCCCCAGAAGGCAUCAAGACACUGUCUCUGAGUCCAGGAUGGGUAAACACAGAUGCUGCAAAAGCGGUCACUGGCGACCCGGAGAUACGGAAAUUCAUGCUAAGCGUAUUUCGGAAAAUCGACCCAACUGUUGACGGACCGAUUUCGGUCGAUGAAUCAGUCACCGAUCAACUCCAGGUGGUUCAGAAUUUGACUGAAGCGGAUAGUGGAAAAUUUGUCACACAUCGUGGAAAUAACAAUUGGUUCUAG